AUGCUUCCCCGACAAACGUUUGCCUCGCGCUGGCUAUCCCAGUUCUCCGAAUUGGUCCAACAUGCGCCGGUCUCGCCUAUAACCAAGGCCAAAUUUUCCAGGCCCGGUCACCCUUCGUCGUCAAUCUUCCGCCGGGGAUUCUCCCUCACGGCGAACGCUACCCCCCACCUUGGCCGAAGCUUCCGGAGUCAAACACAGUUGGGAAAAUCCGCGAGGCAGAACUUCGCUCGCCGUCCACAGUCGGCAUCGUUCCGGCGAUUCUUCAAUUCGUCGUCAAAACGCUACUCGUCGCAAUCUGGAGAAACGGGGUCGCUCUCGCAGCGACUGAAGACGCUUUCGCGUGAAUACGGCUGGUCUGCUCUUUGGGUGUAUCUGCUUUUGUCGGCGAUGGAUUUCCCCAUUUGCUUCGCCGCUGUUCGUCUGCUCGGUGUGGAUCGCAUCGGCCACUAUGAGCAUGUGAUUCUUGAAUCAGUGAAGGGUGCGAUUGAUACCGUCUGGCCUAGUGCACCCGAGACCCCGACAGCUGAGUCGCAAUCGGAAACCCCAAAGAGCGAGGCCUCUGAUGCCCAGCCCAAGGAGCCUUCGGCUGAAGAACCCCCGAGCAAGGCAGAUGCCAGCCUAUGGACACAACUGGCCCUCGCCUAUGCCAUUCACAAAAGUUUGAUCUUCAUCCGCGUGCCCUUGACAGCGGGCAUCACCCCCAAAGUUGUGAAAGUCUUGAGACAGUGGGGCUGGGACAUUGUCAAAGGGAAGCCCAGGGGCAUGUAA